AAGCAGCUUCCUUGAAGUUCUGGUAAUACUGUCAUAGACAACUAUUACUACUACCCGCCAUAUUCGGUUUUCCACACUUACUUUUCAGAGCAGUCACCAACUUUGAAAUUUCAAACCUUCUGUGUGUGUGUGUGUGUAUAUAUAGAGAGAGGUGUACGUGUUAUUAUAUCUCAUCUUUGUGUGCUUUGUGUUAACUUGGUUUGUUGUUGACUCUCUCUCUUUCUCUCUCUCUUUUUUGAUCUGAUUUGGUUUGGAGAGAGAUAAAUAUAGUAGAGGAGUAGUUGUUCUUCAAGUUCAAGCUUCUGGGGUUGGGAUUUUCUGGUUCAUCACAAGUUGAAGUUUGAUUAAAUUGAUGGGUCUAUCUCUUUCUGUGCUAAUAUCACCAUGGAAUGCUAUCCUAAAGAAUGAGUUUUUUGGUCUAACAGACACAUUUGGAACAGCCAUAAUGAGGCCCAUGAGGCUCAAGAAAGAAACCUCAGAGACUUUAAUGAAAAAGAAGAGCAUAGAAAGGUCACCAAGUGUCAAAACAAGAGAAGCUAACAGAGGAACAACAAAGCUUCAAACGCCUGAUAAACUCGACAAAUUAGUGAUCGACAAAACCAACCACGAAACAAACAUAAAACAGAUACAAAAGCCCAAGAUUUUGCUACCACAGCAACCAGAGUUUGUGUUCUCUAGUCCAAGACCAGUUUGUGAGCUUGAUGCUGCAGCAACUACGGUUCAGAAAGUUUACAAGAGUUAUAGGACUAGAAGAAACCUUGCUGAUUGUGCAGUUGUGGUUGAAGAACUCUGGUGGAAAGCUUUGGAUUUUGCAGCUCUUAAAAGAAGUUCUGUGUCGUUUUUCAACAUUGAGAAACCAGAGACUGCAACAUCCAGAUGGGCACGCGCCAGGACUAGAGCUGCCAAGGUUGGGAAAGGCUUGUCUAAAGAUGAGAAGGCUCAAAAACUAGCUUUACAACACUGGCUUGAAGCUAUUGAUCCACGUCAUCGGUAUGGACAUAAUCUCCAUUUCUACUAUGAUACUUGGUCUGACAGCAAGAGCACUCAGCCAUUCUUUUACUGGUUGGAUGUUGGUGAUGGCAAAGACUUGAUUAUAAAGAAGUGCCCAAGAACUGUGCUACAACAGCAAUGCAUAAGAUAUCUUGGACCAAUGGAGAGGGAGGCCUAUGAAGUGAUUGUGGAGAGUGGGAAACUUGUGCACAAGCAAACUGGGAUACUAAUCAACACUGUGGAAGGGUCAAAGUGGAUAUUUGUGCUAAGCACAUCAAGAAAUUUAUAUGUUGGCCAAAAGAAAAAAGGGGUCUUCCAACACUCUAGUUUUCUCUCUGGAGGGGCUACUACUGCAGCUGGAAGAUUAGUUGCCCAUGAUGGUGUUCUAGAGGCUAUAUGGCCAUACAGUGGUCAUUAUCUCCCAACAGAAGACAACUUUAGAGAAUUCAUUACUUUUCUUCAAGAACACAAUGUAGACCUUAGCAAUGUUAAGAGAUAUUCAAUAGAUAGUGAUGGAACUUCAUUCAAAGAUUGUAAUGAGGAGGAGACUAAGACAAAGGUAGUCAACUCUUUCAAGUCAACCACGAUCGAUUUGGAUAUCAACGCCAUUAACGCUACCACUACCGAGCAAGAACUAGAUGCGGCGGCCGCCACCACCGCGGCCGCCAUCAACAGCGGUGUGCCGCCGAUGUUUGACAUGGCAAAACGUUUGUCAUGCAAAUGGACAAGUGGGGUUGGUCCACGUAUUGGGUGUGUUAGGGACUAUCCUCAAGAGCUACAAUCUCGAGCAUUGGAACAAGUCAACUUAUCUCCAAAAGUCAACCAUGGCGGUUAUGGCAGUUGUGUUCCGAUCCCUUCUCCUCGGCCCAGCCCAAAGAUUCGGGUCUCUCCCAGGCUUGCUUAUAUGGGCCUUCCAAGCCCAAGAGUGAUGGCCCUUCCAAGUCCAAGAGUGAUGCUGCCACCUUCCACUCCUGCCAAUUAACAAUGAAAAAAAAAAGAAAAGUA